AUGUCUUCCUCCAAAACUUAUGGUGUCACAGGCCCAAUUUCAGUUGCGAAGCCUUCGACACAAGAUGUUCAGUUCAAUGACUUGUUGAUUGCUGAGCUCAAGGCAAGUGGCUCCUUCGAAAGUGAGCAGGCUACCAAGAAAAGAGUCGAAGUUUUAUCGCUUUUUCAAAAAAUGGUCCAAGAUUUUGUGUAUACUGUUUCGAAAAAUAAGAAUAUGAGCGAUGGAAUGGCAAAAGAUGCCGGUGGUAAGAUAUUCACAUUUGGCUCUUACAGGCUUGGGGUUUAUGGCCCUGGAUCUGAUAUUGACACGUUAGUUGUAGUUCCCAAGCAUGUGUCCCGCGACGACUUUUUCGAUGUCUUCGAAAAAAUUUUGCGAAAAAGACCGGAAUUAGAAGAGAUAGCAGCUGUCACUGAUGCUUUUGUGCCCAUUAUCAAGGUUGUUUUCUCUGGCAUUUCCAUUGAUGUCAUUUUUGCAAAACUCAAUGUUCCUAAGGUUCCUAUCGAUAUGACAUUGGAUGACAAAAACCUUUUGAAGAACAUUGAUGAAAAGGAUAUGAGAUCUUUGAACGGAACAAGAGUCACAGACGAGAUCUUGCAAUUAGUUCCAAAGCCAACCACAUUCAAACAUGCCUUGCGUUGCAUCAAAAUGUGGGCUCAGCAGCGAGCCGUCUAUGGAAACGUUUUUGGAUUUCCCGGUGGAGUUGCAUGGGCCAUGCUUGUUGCGAGAAUUUGUCAACUUUUUCCAAAUGCGGUCAGUGCUGUCAUAGUCGAGAAAUUCUUCACGAUUUACACAAAAUGGGAAUGGCCACAGCCUGUUCUACUCAAGCCAAUUGAGGAUGGGCCUCUUCAAGUCAGGGUGUGGAAUCCCCGUCUCUACCAAAAUGAUAGACAGCAUAGAAUGCCAGUCAUUACCCCUGCUUACCCAUCUAUGUGCGCUACUCAUAAUAUAACCCAGUCUACUCAAAAAGUGAUAGCCAAAGAACUUCAGAGGGGGGCCGAAAUAACAGCUCAGAUAAACAAAGGUGAAAAAACAUGGGCUAAUUUAAUGGAGAGGCACACCUUUUUUCAUGACUAUAAGUUCUACUUGUGCAUCGUUGCAGGAACUGUUGGUUCGGACGAAGAUCACCUAAAAUGGAGCGGUAUGAUAGAAAGUAAAGUACGUCUUUUCAUUCAAAAAUUGGAGCUAACGGAAGGUAUUUCUAUUGCUCAUCCAUACGUGAAGGAUUUCAGCAACGAAUAUGUACUAGAGGAAGGCUGCGAUGUUGCUUCGAUUUUGAAUGCAUAUGGUACCCUUGGAGGCGAAGAAUAUUUGCUGAAGCUUAAAAGAGCACAGGAUGUGUCUGCUGAGGAAUCCAAGCCUUGCAAAGUUUUUCGGCUCACAAAACUAUACAUUGGUCUUGAUAUAUCUCUCUUGAAGAGUGAGCAUGGAGGGACACGAAAGCUAGACAUUCAAUUUGCUUGUCUGGAAUUCUACAAUCUAUGCAAAAAUUGGCCUUCCUUUGAAGAAUCUAUGUACUCGAUCUUGAUUAAAAAUGUGAAGUUGCUAGACCUUCCAAAUGAUGUCUAUGUGGAGGGCGAAACUCGGCCAUCCAAGUCUUCCAAGAAAAGGAAGAAGUUGUUGGGGGACGCAAUUCCGAAAAGACCAAAGAGUCUUCACUAG